CAAAAUCCCUCCUUAGCUGCCACACAUCAGAGAUACCAGCAAAACCAACAUGCAGAACCCUUUAGCUGUGGUAUUCCUGGCGAUCAUCCUGGGCACGUUUGCCGUGAGCCAUGAUAACCUCGAACCUGGCCUGGGCAGCAUCAACCUCUACCUCUUCGAAGACGAUUGGAACGCGGACGUAAAGUGCGCUGACUUGACGCCAAUUGCAUGCCUCAGUUCCAGGGCAGCAAUCGAUACGUCGCGCCUACAUUGCGGGCGAUUCCGCUCGAAUAGCCUGGGGAAUCUGCUGAUGGGCGAGGACAAGCAGCUGAGUCUCUUCACGCAGCCUGAGGGCCCUACCCUCCUGGGACUGCAGUCGCGGGGGCCAACCGCAAGGUGGAUGACCAUUGGGCCAAACGCACACGCAAACAGGAUUCCGCGAGACUUUCUCCACGUCGAGGUUCCUGAGCCAGGGCUUUUGGCAGGGCCUGGAUGGUAUAUAAGCCCAGAUCCCGCGACGGGCAAUUUGAGUUUGGUCGCGAGCGAGCCAACGGCUGAUUAUAGCAAGGGGCCUUUGGGUCUGUGCUUUGAAUCUCACCCUGGCUAAGGUGGGUGCGGCAAUCACAGCGGAUGAACGAGUGGCUCUGGGUUGUUUGAUCGGGGUCCAUCAAAAGAUUGGUCCUGGGCAUCUACACAUGACGCGCACGGUGAUCAGAGGAUGAAUUACUUGCAUGGGAAAUCAGGCUAGCAUUGGCCUACAAAAGCUGCAUUAAGAGUGACCCAUCAUACGUCUUUACCAGUCGCCACUCUUCCAGCACUGUCAUUGUCACACAGGUCCACGCUCUUCUAUUCGUUGCGGCGUCUUGGGGAAGGGCGAUUGAGAUGUGAGGAUGGUUUGUGACGCAAAAAGAAAAGGAGGAUGUGAAUAAUAGGGCGGUCGCUUGGUCUGGGCCGGGGUAAUUUUGGGUUCGCGAGUUAUAUGUACUCAUUCGGGUCCUCUUCUAGCCUCCUAGCAUGAUAUAACACAGUUCUCAGCAACUUACUUAGCCUUACACAUGGCGGUCUUCGGAUGCACCGCUCUGGCUCCAUAGUCAGGCUCGGCGGAUUGGUGAUCUAGAAAUGAGAGGUUAAAGGCUAAACCUAUGGAGGAUUUACGCUCCUUUGGAGAGGAGAUAUUUGGGCGGUUAUUUGUAGGGAAGAAACGUUAUUCCGCGCCCUGGCAAACCCCUGUUAAAUCCCCCAAAACUAUCCAAACCUGUUCAGGACCCCAAGUCAGCAUCCUUUGCUCGCCAGGAUCUGUAGCUUAAGGUCCAUGGGGUAGCUGAGAAGUGAGAAAAGUGGACUUGGG